UACGUUAGUAUUUUAUUUCUGCUUGUUCAGACUUACUGUGGAGACAAACAGCUGAUAUUUUUAGUUAUUUUAACCUUUAGGUUUUACUGCAGUAGUACCUUGAGUGAGUGGAUCUGUUAAAAAGACAUACGCGCUUCGCCUGGUUUGGUUUGGUUGGUACCUCCGCGGCUGCCGUAGAGAGGAGGUGAGACAACAACAGCCAACAUGGUGCUGGAGAAGAAAGUGUCCGCUCGGGUGGAGGCCGGUCAGCGCAGAGUUCUGGAUGAAGCGACCCGUCAGAGGAGACUGUCGAGGCAGCUGGAGGCUCUGGAGAAAGACAACUUCCAGGACGACCCUCUGUCCUCCCUCCCCCCCCCAGGUCCUACUGCCCGCCUGCCCGCCUUCAGUGAGACAGAAGAACCAGAGAAGAAGAAGAGGAAGACGAGGGGCGAUCACUUUAAGCAGCGUUUCAGGAAGAACUUCACGACGCUGCUGGAGGAGGAGAACCUGUCGGAGAAGCCGGAGCCCAACUACCUGUCUGCGGCGGCCCCGCCCUCCUCUCUGCCGCCCCGACACUUCUGCUGCGUCUGCGGCUUCCCCUCCCACUACACCUGCACCACCUGCGGGGGGCGCUACUGCAGCAGCAAGUGUCUGAUUACUCACAGAGAGACCAGGUGUUUGAAGUGGACACUGUAACUGCUUCCUCGUCACCAUGGAGAUGGUGAUGAUGAUGAUGAUGCUCCCUGGUCACAGACAGACAGCGGGGGGGGCGGGGUCAGUAGUGAUGUCACAGCGUUGGAUGAUCAUCAGUGGACUCCAGAAUCCGCCAUCACAGGAAGUGAAGUGACUUUUUUAAUCGUCUUUUAUUUACUCAUCAGUUUUCUUCUGUUCUUUGCCGUCCCAUGAUGCAUUGCGUGUCUGUCUGUGAGAGUCGGUGUGCUGCUGUUGUUUCCUCCCACAGAUGUGAAAGGUUUACCAGGAGACGCUUAGCUUAGCUUAGCACAAAGACUGUAAACAAAGGCAAAUGGCUAGCCUGGCUCCUCCAGUUCUGAAGUGUGUCAUCAGUUCAGACGGCUGACAGGAAGUAGUUCUCUGUCACCGUCGUCCUCGGAGACAUUCAGCUCCUCAUGUCAACUGUUUGUGCCGUCAGACUCCAGCUGCUCCUCGUUCACCUUCUUGUGUCCACAGCAGCCUGAAUGCUGACAGCAGCUCUUCUACUUCUUCUUCUUCUUCUUCUUCUUCUUCUUCUUCUUCUUCUUCUUCACAAAGCACACUUCCUGUUUUCUUCCUCUGCUGAUGGUCAUGAACAACACAACGUCUCAAGAAGACAAUAAUCAUGUUUGUUUUUAUUGGACAGAUGUGAUGACGUGACAGAAGCACAUUCAAACGUAAAUGUUUCAGAAUAAAGUGAUUUAUUGUGAAACUGUGA